AUGCUGAUUGAAGUGACAUACCUGAUAACGAUCCGUAUGGCUAUGAGCACCUUCAGUUCAGCGCUUCCUCUGCUACUGCUUGUUAUGUUCGUUGCUGUGAAUCCAAUGGCGAAAUCAUCUAGCGUGCCAGGAAAUCAAGGUAUCAACAGCACCGGUGUUCAUGCUGCGGCCACUCUAGGUGGUUGCCCACAGAGCUGCGGCAACCUGACUUUUGAAUAUCCAUUUGGCAUUGGCUCCAGCUGCUUCCGGGACCCCGACUUCAAUCUCACCUGCGACAACACGGCAACCUCCCCAAGGCUCUUCCUCCAGGAUGGCACCACAGAGGUUGUUGACAGUAUUGAUGUUACUGGAUAUGGUAGAUCCUCAGAUUACCUCUUUAUGCUUGUUGACGUCGAUAUAUCCCAUACUAUCCCUAUGAGACCAGGUAUCAACACUUACAACAUGACCUGGAAAGCCCCUGGGAGAUCUUUCUCUCUUGAAUAUGCCAUGCUAAACAUCACUGGCUGUGACUUUGAUGUAUACCUGGUUGAUCAAAACAGAAAUAGCAGCGUAAUGCUCUGUAUGGUUACUUGCCCUGACGAAGAAAUGACGGACAUGGUGGCCAGGCAGAAUUGCAAUGGAACAGGAUGUUGCUCAAUCUGGUUAGAGGCUAGUCUCACUGCGUUCCAGUUAAAAUUUGUCCGCCAUAACAAUGUUGAGCUCAAGACACACUCUAACCAAAGCCUCCUAUGGAACAGAAUCAAUAUAACAACUGUUGGCAUGAACCUUGGGUGGAGUAUUGUGGAUCAACCAACAUGCGCCAGAACUAGGGAUAAUAUGACAAACUAUGCUUGUGCCAGCAGCCACAGCAAGUGCUUUGAUAGCUAUGUAACAACUGAGUUUGGUUAUCUCUGUGGAUGUGAGAGUGGAUAUUGGGGGAACCCAUACAUACUCAAUGGUUGCCAGCGUGAUAACGGAUAUAUUCCAGCUCAACAGAAGGCAAACUGCUCACGAAUGUGUGGGAACAUCAGUGUUCCAUUUCCUUUUGGAUUAGAAGAAGGGUGCUUUGCAAGGAGGCUAUUUCAGCUCAAUUGCACAAAUGCAACAUCCUCCAGCCUCCAAUUUGACGACGAACAACAGGUGGCGUAUAUAAAUAUCAGUGAGGGUCUUGUAGGCAUUAGAUAUACAUCUUGGUAUGAACAGCUGGAAUUUAAAGUGUAUGUAGCUAAGCAACCGGAACUCUAUAUUGGUUCUGGCAAAUCAUCCUCUGUGCAAUGGGCUGUUGCCAAUCUAACGUGCCAAGAGGCAAAACAGAACACCUCUGGAUAUGCAUGUGUUAGCAUCAAUAGCACAUGCUUGGCCGUGAACUCUAUCGAUGGCUACAUUGGUUAUAGAUGCAAAUGUUUACCUGGCUUUGAAGGAAAUCCAUAUGUCCAAAAUGGCUGCCAAGAUAUUGAUGAGUGCAACACACCAGGCAUUUGCAAAGGAGUAUGCCAUAAUACCAUUGGAAAAUACUAUUGCACUGAUUGUCCUUAUAAAACAAAGUAUGAUACUAUCCAGAUGCAGUGCAUUUCAUCAAAAAGCCAAAAUCUUCUGUUAGGUAUCACUAUUGGGCUUAGUGCUGGCUUUGGCAUUCUACUUGUGAGCUUAAGUGCAACAUUUAUCUACCGUAGAUGGAAAAGGGACACCCAAAAGCAACUACGUCGGAAGCAUUUCCAGAAAAACCAAGGCCUCCUCCUAGAACAACUAAUAUUGUCGGAUGAAAAUGCAAAUGACAAGACAAAGAUUUUCUCUUUAGAUGAGCUAGAGAAGGCAACAAACAAAUUUGAUCCUACACGUAUCCUUGGUCGUGGAGGGCAUGGUAUGGUGUACAAAGGCAUUUUAUCUGACCAACGUGUAGUUGCAAUAAAAAGGUCUAAGCACAUUGAGGAAGGUGAGAUCAGCCAAUUUAUUAAUGAAGUAGCUAUUCUCUCUCAAAUAAAUCACCGGAAUAUAGUAAAAUUAUUUGGUUGUUGUCUUGAAACUGAGGUCCCACUAUUGGUAUAUGACUUCAUUCCCAACGGUUCAUUAUUCGAUAUUCUACAUUCUAGUUCAAGCAGCGAUUUUUCUUUGUCAUGGGAUGACUGUCUACGAAUUGCAACGGAGGCUGCAGGAGCUCUUUGUUAUCUCCAUUCAGCAGCUUCAGUAUCAGUCUUCCAUCGUGAUGUCAAGUCCUCUAAUAUACUUCUAGAUGCAAACUACACUGCUAAAGUAUCAGACUUUGGUGCUUCAAGAUUGGUUCCAAUUGACCAAACUCACGUGGUUACAAAUGUACAGGGAACAUUUGGUUACUUAGAUCCAGAAUAUUACCAUACUGGGCAGCUGAAUGAGAAGAGUGAUGUAUAUAGCUUUGGUGUGGUACUUGUGGAACUACUACUCAGAAGAGAACCUAUUUUUACAACAGUGUCAGGAUCAAAGCAGAACUUGUCCAACUACUUUCUUUGGGAGCUCAAGGUGAAGCCAAUCAAAGAUAUAGUUGCACCACAAGUUCAUGAGGAAGCUACCGAGGAUGAGAUAAACAGUGUUGCUUCUCUUGCAGAAAAAUGCUUAAGGCUCCGAAGUCAAGAUAGACCUACAAUGAAGCAAGUCGAAAUGACUUUACAGUUCUUGCGAACAAAAAGGUCAAAUUCAUGCCAUCCUACUCCGGAAAAUGAUGAAGAGAUACACCUGUUGCAACCUAUAAGGUCUGAAGCUAGUUGUGAGCAGUUGGCUAUUAACUUGGCUCAAAGCACCAACUCUGAGUCUCCAAAUAGCCACAAAUGUUAUAGCUUGGAGCAAGAGUUCAUUUCAUCAGUUGGGCUGCCACGAUAGGUCGCUCAGAGCUGCUAUAUAAUAUGAAAUUUACACUGGGCUGUGGAGAAAUAGGAUAAGAUGUUUUUCAAUUAUAAACAGGUCUCAAAUGUACGCAUCAACUUCUCAAGCAAUGUGGUCUACCAUUUGUAUUAAAUACUAUCCCUAUAUUAAAGCACUUACACUGAUAUUGUAAUUGAUCAUACGUAUAUUGAGAGGAUGCAUAUACUUCUAUCAUACAUAUUACAAAACUUUUAUUCCGUGGAUAAAUUGAGUGACGCAUGUAUCUACUAUCUAGGUGUGAAAUGUUUGGAAGAAAGCUACUA